AUGGAGUACUUCGAUUUUGACGACGCCUCUCACGCAAUCCCCGCCUUGGACCUUGACGAUUGUUCGUCAAUCACAGGUGAGGCAUGUGAGGCGGACGCCACUGACUGCUAUGAGUCGCUCUUUUUCGACAAAUCGGCAGCACUCCCAACAAGUCGACCGGCGGCCAUCAAAAUUGUGAAACUCAAACUAAUCAACAAUGUCGAAAUUGAGGCCAUCCCACAUCCUUCGGACAUCACUGCAGAAUACCCAAUGUUUCGUGCCAAAGAGCCGUGUGAUCUUUGCGCGAGAAUGGGUCUCGAUUGCUUCUUGGCUACACGAGGCGCACUGGUCGCAGGCUGCACCUGUUGUAUCUCUCUGUAUCGAGAGUGCAGCUUUGUCCAUCCAAAAAUCCCCAAGGGCUUUGUUAAUACUUUAACGGGAAUCGCCGAAGACCAGCAAAUCAUAGAAGGGUCGUUGACUGAACGGAGGAGGGCCAUGAAGUCAAUGGAAGAAGGCCGCGGCCGGAAGACUGGUGCUCGGUUUCCGCGUGAUGCUGUCAAGAUACUGAAGCAGUGGCUUGCUGAACAUGCUGAUCAUCCGUAUCCCAACGAGCGAGAAAAGGACGAGCUCAAGCAAGUCACCGGCCUCAAAAGAAGCCAGAUCUCCAAUUGGCUAGCCAAUGCGCGACGACGAGGCAAGGUCAGGCCUGCCGAAUCUGGUCCAUCCUCACCCAUGUUGGGGGCAAUUGAUAUCCCUCACAGGGUUGACAACCCGGACAUUGCAGAUCUCAACCCCCUAGACAGAUGGAAGGCUUCACCACCUGAACACGAACCUGCAUCCAUGACCGCCAUUGCUCGAGCCGUCACUUCCACCCCCCUACCAGUUCGCAAUCCAUCUCUGCCCAGUAUUCAUGGCUCCAGGCCAAGCUCGAAGAGGGCGUCGAGCGAAGACGAUUCGUCCUUUUCCAUGUUCCGUGCGCCGUCGGUGAGCAGUUUUGGAACCAGGGAAUCCAGCAAUUCCGAUCUUACCUUUGCCUCCUCUCGGUCGAAUCGGUCGAAAGGAUCUUUUGCAUCGUCCCAAGAUCGACGCAGGCGUAGGCGGGCUCCCGUGGCUCAACGAACAGCUGCGCAACAGGCUAAAUCCAGGGCUGCGAGGAUAUUCCAAUGCACAUUCUGUACAGAUUCUUUUCCCGCCAAGUAUGACUGGCAGAGGCAUGAAAAGUCUCUCCAUCUUGCUCUGGAGCGGUGGACAUGUUGUCCUAAUGGUGGAACAAUGACCGAUGCGCUGACCGGAAUGGUACUUUGCGUCUUCUGCCGCGAGGCCAACCCAUCUACGGAUCACUUGGAGUCGCACAAUUUCACCGCAUGCCAAGAGAAGACAUUGCAAGAACGCACCUUUUAUCGGAAGGACCACCUCAGCCAGCAUCUGAAAUUGAUGCACAAUGCGAAAGUCCAAUCUCACAUGGAUACCUGGAAGAGCACCACCAACGAGAUCAAGUCCUCUUGCGGCUUCUGUCCGUCCAAGUUCACCACUUGGCAACAACGAGCGGAUCAUCUCGCUGCUCAUUUCCGGAAUGGUUCGGACAUGAACAACUGGAGCGGUGGAUGGGGGUUUGAGCCAUUUGUUGAAAGACUGGUCGAGAACGCCAUCCCACCUUACCUCAUCGGCCACGAGAGGACGACGAUGGACCCAUAUGUCGCCAGGUUGACGGCAACGCCGUCCGCCAAUACCGACGGAGGGUUGACCAACGGCACUUCUGCCGAAAGUACGGAACCUGAUCAAAUGACUCGAGAUUCUAAUUGCUGGGGAAGACUGGAGCAGGAAUUGAGCAAAUUUGUAUCGCAACAAAGAGUGGCAGGCCGCCUUCCCUCAGAUAAGGAGCUGCAGGAUCAAGCUCGCAUGAUCAUUUACGAGGACAACGAUCCUUGGAACUGGACCUGUGCGGACAAUCAGCAGUGGCUCGACACUUUCAAGUAUCAACAGGGUAUUGGGAACGUCACAGACGCAAUGAUACCGACCCACACGCUGGCCGAAGUGCCUAUACUCGCUCCGUACGUGAUCAAGGGCGGGCUGAAGUCGAAGCCUCCGACUGCUCAACAUCAACGCAGGACACUGAGCACUGAUACCAACUCUUUCCCAGCCAUGACACCUGACUGUGGGAGUGUCCCCAACUCGACCACGGCAGGAACAUUUGACAACGGUAUGGAGCUUGACUUUGACAGCAUCGACUUUAGCAACCUCGAUCUCGGAAUGGUCGACGAUUUGAACUUCGACUUGGGGCUCGACAACAGUCAGGGAGGGGGAAUAGGCGUCUCGUUGGCGCCUUCAACGCCGUUCUCAUCGAGUAUGCAGGCUGACUCUUUGUUCGGCUCAUACGGACUGAAUCCCCAGAUGGGCAUGGGCAUGGACAUGAACCCAAAGGCGCCUCAUCAGCAACAGACACCACAGCCCGGCAGCAAUGGUCAAUUCAUGAACAGUCGAGACCUAAAUCAGCUGUCUGGGUACGUCGCAGGGUUUAACUGA